ACAAAUGGAUAAAGUGUAAAUAUUUCUCCUGACAAGAUGAAAAUAAUCUGUGCUGGGUUCCCAAAGACUGGAACCAAAUCAAUGGCGACUGCUCUACACGAUCUAGGGUUCUCAGUUCAUGACUUUGAAGAACAUUUAGAGUUGAAUCUGGAGAACUAUUUGGAUUUUCUGGAUGGAAAAAAGGAUUCAUCCUUUCUCAUGGAACAGUAUAGGGAUAUUGAUGUAGUUGUAGAUCAACCAGCUUGCACUUUAUGGUAUAUAUUCUUCAAACACUAUCCUGAAGCUAAGGUAAUAUUGAUGGAACGGGAAAGUCCUGAGGUUUGGCAAGAUUCCUAUUCGAGAAUGCUUGAGUAUUACAACACAAAUCAGCGAGUAUGGUAUGAGAAAUACAUCCGAUGGUUCAGUGCGACGAGGGAAAAGUUUGAUCGACUAAGUAUUCACAAUAUGACAAGAUCGACAGCAUGUCCUGACAACUUCUUCGACCUUGUCGACUUGCAUACCAAUAAAGAGUUAUGGAUGUAUCAAUACAUUAUGCAUAAUGCCGCGGUCAAACAGUUGGUUCCUGCAGAUCAACUGCUUGUGUUCCAAGUAGGGGAGGGUUGGGAACGUUUGUGCAAGUUCCUCGGAAAACCAGUUCCUGAAGAAGAGUUCCCUAGAGAAAAUGUUGGAGGAACCAAGAACAAUAUAACUGAUAAAAUGGUGCAGUUCAAUUUGUUUGAUAAUAUCAGAAAGGAGUUUCGAAUAAGCAUGGCACUGAUAGGAAUGAAAUUUUAUUUCAAAUAAAUUAACAAUAAAUGUUUCCAAAGUU